CCUUACCUCUCCGAGAUGCUGAGAAUCAGCGGUCUUGAUUUCACCACUACAAUCACAACCACAAGCUCAUCCACAACCACAAUUGCAGCUACAACCACAACUCCACCCACAACCCUAUCUACUACAACGACUUCUCCAGUAGCAACAGGGUUUCCUAUCAGUAUUGGAUCAGUGCUCAUCUCCAUUCGUCUGGUGUUUGAAACCAUAUUGCCAGCACCCUCUGAAACCAACGUGCUCAGUGUGGCACACAAUCUGUUUAACUUCAAACUCAGAUCCUUGGACAAUCCACAGAUGGUGCAGAAUAUUACUUAUGAAAAGUUAUCCAACCACUCCUUUGCUCUCAAAUUUGUGUUUGCAAUCAACAACGUCAACAUCUCUCAGAAUAACCAGAUCAUGAAUUCCACUUACAUCCAGAUCCAGGACUCCAUCAAUACUUUGCUGAAUAAAAUACUGAACAAUGCAACAGCAAAUCCUUUUGUCUUUCCACCAGCAAACUUCACUCUUAUCACGAUGAGUAACCAGAUACAAGCUGAUGUAAUCUAUAUCUUCAAAGAAGGAGACAUCACUAACCCGACCCCCUUCCUUUCUGGAAUCCUGAUAGCCAGUGGUCUGAGUGUUACCACGACUACAACACCCAUCCUUCUGCUCACCACCCCCCUGGGCAACGUCACCACUGCAGGAAGUAGUGCAUGGAUCUUAGGCUUCAUUAUCCCAUGUGGUAUCAUUAUCAUUCUCCUGCCUUUCUGGAUUUUGCUCUGUUGCCUGCUGACCGGUGGCUGUGCUGCCAUUAGGAGGCGCUGGCAGAGAAGACGUACUUUCAACAUUCAGUACAGACUUCACAACCACCUCUUCUGAACAAAUAGAAGCUGCUUUGGGUGUGGUCAUCAGUCAUACCAUCUGCUCAUUAUGUUUUCUUCACAGUAUGAAAAUGUUUUCAAACUAUACAUUUAUACCAUUAUAUAUGUUUACUCAUAUGUUUUCUCAUUUAAGACUGAUUUUAUAAUACACACACACACACACACACACACACACACA